AUGUCAGAUGACGAGAUAGAUACCGAGAUAGAAGAAGGCUACGAUGAAUUUAUCAAAGAAUAUGGAUCGAGAUAUGAAUGGGAUAAUGAAAGGAAUCCCGAUGAGUGGAGAUACUGGGACGAUCUUUUUUGCACAAUCAAAACCUAUUGGGAGACAAAGGCAGUUACGCGUUGGUGGGAGAAAGCUCUUAAGCAAUUUGUACAUGCUUUGCCUAGUGUAAAAAAUCCAUCGUCAUUAUUCCAUGUAUUUAUACAAUCCGAUGUUUUCUAUCUUCCACAUAUUUUGAGUCUGAUAGAAUUGCCAUAUUAUCCGCAUGAAUUUCAAAGGGAAAUAUGGCCAGAAGGUAUUGAGAAGUUCCAAUGUAGAUUGUUUAUUCAAGGUGAAGAAUUAAUAGUGGAUUACUGUUUAAAGGCGAAGAAAAGUAAUGAUAUCAUCAAACUCUGUAAAGGUCAUUUUAGAAGUGAAUUCUAUAGUGGAUUAAUACGAGAAAAUAUGAGAUGUAUUGCAAAAAAUAUUUAUUAUCGUGAAUUGGUAGAAAUGCUUAUUCAGGCGAAAAAAGAAUCAGUGACUGGUAUUAUAACUGGGUUUAAAGAUUAUAUUAGUCAGUCCGGUAUUGCUAAUCUGAAUGGGGUACAAUACUUAUUGAGAGCUAAUUUACUUGAUCAGCUUGCGCCUGAACUAAUACCAUUUAUUCUAAAAAAUCUUUCGAUACAGGAUCUUAAAAAAUGUUGCAGUAUAAAUAAUAUAUGGAAAGAUGAGGUGACUCGAGAAAUUCGCAAAAGAUUAAUAGUGGAGUGUUUAUUCAUUUAUGAUAAAGUAACUGUUAAGGCAUUGAUUGACCCUAAAUCCAGGUAUAAUAGUAUCAGUAAAACACUUGCCCAAAAAAUUGGUUUAUAUAUUACUAGAAUCUAUGGUUCAGAAUAUCCCGCAGUAAAAGAUCUUGGCAUUGGCGCAACAAACGCUGGCAAGAAGGUAAUGGUAAGAGGAUGGGUUCGUGAUGAAGAAGACGCUGGCAAGAAGGUAAUGGUAAGAGGAUGGGUUCGUGAUGAAGAAGUCUCCAUUUCUUUACCUAAUAUCUUUGAGCUGAAACCCCUCUCGUAUGUGGGAAAAUCAAACGAGCAUUUCUUAGUCGUUGACAAGCCUGAAUAUGAUGUGGUUUUAGGUAAUAAUUGGCUAAUUAGGUUGGGAUGUAGGAUUGAUAAACGCGAUACAAGAUAUUGGGAAAAUAAUGAAGAGAAAAGACUUUAUUACGUAAGAAAUGGCAUUGAUAUACUGUCUCCGCCGUUAUAUACAUUCUACGAAUUAUUAUUCCCUAAUUUUACCGAAAAUAACUCAGAUGGGGAGGUCAUAAUAACCAAGUUUAUCAAACAUGAUCGUGAAUUCGACGGUGUAAGUGAGUAUUAUGAUUCAGAGUAUACUGAAACGGAAUCAUCCGGCUCUGAAACCGAAUCAGAGGAUGAAUAUGUCUAUAGUAAUAAUGACCCUCUCCGUUUAAGAUACUCGGACUAG